CAGCCUUGUACAUGUGAGGAGCCGUGUGCAGAGGGGAAGCCUCUUGCUCCAGUCUCAAGGAGCAUGAGUUGGAGCAGGAGCAAACCCCAGCCGGGCUCCUUCCAUCACAGGGUGGGUCCCUGGCACCUUUGGGUGAGGUGUGGUCCCGAUGAGGAGGACUGUCAAGUGAAGCCUCCUGUCAGAGGGUGCCUCAGGAACGUAGAAGCUGGUCCGAGCCAUGACGCUGCCGCCUGAGCCCCUGGAGAGGGCCUGGUUUCGUAAGACUUGGAGUCAUCUGUGAAAAAGCCCUGCCAGGGCCACACUUGGCUCCUGUGAGAGGGGGCUCAGGGAUCUGGGUCCCCGGAGCCAAGUGGGCGGGCGGCCGGGCUGCAGCUAUGGACCGUGAGCUGGCCCGGCCCGUGUCCUUGCCGAGCCUGCCCAUCUGCAGCUGUGCCCACCAUGGGCUCCUCGGUGUAUAUCACAGUGGAGCUGGCCAUUGCCGUGCUGGCCAUCCUGGGCAACGUGCUGGUGUGCUGGGCUGUGUGGCUCAACAGCAACCUGCAGAACGUCACCAACUACUUCGUGGUGUCGCUGGCAGCAGCCGACAUCGCGGUGGGUGUGCUUGCCAUCCCCUUCGCCAUCACCAUCAGCACUGGGUUCUGCGCCGCGUGCCAUGGCUGCCUCUUCAUUGCCUGCUUUGUCCUGGUCCUCACGCAGAGCUCCAUCUUUAGCCUCCUGGCCAUCGCCAUUGACCGCUACAUCGCCAUCCGCAUCCCACUACGGUACAAUGGCUUGGUGACCGGCACAAGGGCCAAGGGCAUCAUUGCCAUCUGCUGGGUGCUGUCAUUUGCCAUUGGCCUGACUCCCAUGCUGGGCUGGAACAACUGCGGCCAGCCAAAGGAAGGCAAAAACCACUCGCAGGGCUGCGGGGAGGGCCAGGUAGCCUGUCUGUUUGAGGACGUGGUCCCCAUGAACUACAUGGUGUACUACAACUUCUUUGCCUGUGUGCUGGUGCCCUUGCUGCUCAUGCUAGGAGUCUACUUGCGCAUCUUCCUGGCGGCCCGGCGACAGCUGAAGCAAAUGGAGAGCCAGCCUCUGCCGGGUGAGCGGGCUCGGUCCACACUGCAGAAGGAGGUCCAUGCCGCCAAGUCGCUGGCCAUCAUUGUGGGGCUCUUCGCCCUCUGCUGGCUGCCCCUGCACAUCAUCAACUGCUUCACCUUCUUUUGCCCUGAGUGUGGCCAUGCCCCUCUCUGGCUCAUGUACCUGGCCAUUGUCCUCUCCCACAGCAAUUCCGUUGUGAAUCCCUUCAUCUAUGCCUACCGGAUCCGCGAGUUCCGCCAGACCUUCCGCAAGAUCAUUCGCAGCCAUGUCCUGAGGCAGCGAGAACCCUUCAAGGCAGCUGGCACCAGUGCCCGGGCCUUGGCAGCUCACGGCAGUGAUGGAGAGCAGGUCAGCCUCCGCCUCAACGGCCACCCCCCAGGUGUGUGGGCCAACGGCAGUGCUCCCCACCCUGAGCGGAGACCCAAUGGCUACACUCUGGGGCUGGUGAGUGGAGGGAGUGCCCAAGAGUCCCACGGGGACAUGGGCUGUGCAGACUUGGAGCUCCUUAGCCAUGAGCUCAAGCAAGCAUGCCCAGAGUCUCCUGGCUUAGAGGACCCCCUGGGCCAGGAUGAAGCAGGAGUGUCCUGAUGGUCCAUGGAGUUUGCCCUUUCCUGAGGGAAGGAAAUCUUUAUCUUUCUGGUUGGCUGGCCCAGUCACGUUGGGAGAAGAGUGUGCCGGGAGACCCUGCAGGCAGCUGGUUCCCACUUUGGACUAAGAGGAGGGAGCCCCAGGCUGGAGCAGCAUGAGGCCCAGCAGGCAGGGUUUGGGUCCGAUGAAGUAGACGUUUCAUGCCGUGAGGCCCUGCAUCAGGCCAGGGCUGCAGCACCAGCAGCAUCGUGUCUGGGCAGGGCCCAGGCCACCACUGCAGAAGCAUCUAAAAGUGCCGGCUUGUCUCCACAGAGCAGCUGUGGUGCAGCAGACUGGCCUGGCCCUGAGCUAGGGAGUGGUUCCAAAAGGUCCCCGCACCACACACAUGCCACCCUCCCUAGACUUUCCUACGGUUUAGGAGCUGUUGGGCCCAGAGGUGGCAUUUCACCAUGUUUUUUUUCCAGAAGAAAAUGCAAGUGUGAGGAAACCCUUUUUAUUUUAUUACCUUUGCCUCCCUGGCUGCUGGGUCUGUUGUUGGUCCUGCUGCUAACCUGGCUCCAGAGUCUGCCCAGUGAGUCUCAGGCAGUCCUCUCUCCUCUCUCACUGCCACUAGCUGCCAUGCACUUAUCACUCCCAGGGCCAUCUCUUGGGACAACAGAGCUGGGAUUGAGGACAGGGAGCUGUAAUGGAGCAAUGCUGGAGGAGAGGUGGAGGCUGGUAGGCCAUGGGCGUGUGCCUGGGCAGCUCAGAGCUGUCCAGUGAGGGGCUCUGUCUGUCGUUCCUUAUAAAGGGAAUGUUUUUUUCUGAGAUAAAAUAAAAAUGAGCCACAUUGUGUUUUAAGCUUGUCCAAUGA